CUAAGACGUGUAUAGAUUAACUGUCGACUCAGCAGAGGUACUUUGUUUACAUGUCUCACUAUCACUAUGUAAAUAUAAUUGAAAUGAUGUUUACAGAACUUAUUUGAGCAAGAGAGUUAAUUUGAUAACUUAUUACAACUCACCUGUACCCAUCCAAUUGGAAGAACAAUGCUUACAGUGUUUAGAAAUUGUGCAAAUCUAUUGAUUAGUAAGUGUAAAACCAAAAGAAAAUUGACAUUUGCUAUUCUAGGUCUUGAUGAUGCUGGUAAAACCACUACAGCAAAGGGUCUUUCAGGAGAGACCAAUCAUACAGAUACAACUGUUACCAUUGGUUUUGAUAAAGAGGAGAUUAAACUAGAUAAAUAUGAAAUUACUUUGUUUGAUCUCGGAGGCGGUAAAAAAAUCCGUGACAUAUGGCAUAAUUACCUCACAGAAGUCUUUGGCGUUAUCUUUGUGAUCGAUUCUAGUAAUCAGUCAAGAAUGGAAGAAACUAAAGAGGUUCUCACCCAUGUUCUGGAAAGUCCUUUUGUAAUUGGAAAGCCAUUAUUAGUGUUGGCUAACAAGCAGGACCAAGCUGGAGCAUUAGAUGAGCUGGAUGUCUGUGACAUACUUUCCCUUGAAUCUUUAGUCAAUCAAAGCAAAUGUCCCUGCCGAGUGGAAUCCUGUUCAGCUUCCCUUGGAAGUGGACGUAAACUAGAUAAGAAUAUAACCAAAGGAAUAAUGUGGUUGUGUAACAUAGUUGAUCAACAGUAUGAUUUCUACAAUGAACGUGUUGUGAAAGAAAUGAAAGCCAUGUGUGAAGAAAAAAAAAUCAAAGACGAAGAGAGGAAAACGAGAGUAAAGAAGAUUCGAGAAGAAAGGGAAAAAGAGCAAGAAAAGCCAAUAGAACUUUCUCCUCGCUACCCUACUCCUGACCAAGAAACUGGGGACCCGUUUAAGAGACUUGAUGGUGCAUAUUUUGCCAAGACAACCAAUGGAAGUAACAUAGUAGAAGUACCACAUCUACUGAACCAUCCCAAAGUGGACAAUUCUGAAAGUGAGAAAACUCAGUUGCUAACAGUAAAUUCAGACAGUGAAAAAUUGUUACCAGAACCUCACAGUACUCAACAACCAGAUAAAAAGCAGGAGGCUAUCAACUAUUGUAUGUUAAGCAAGAGUGAUACAACUACCAAUAGAACAGUGCCAGACAGUGACACAAAACCACACUCAAAAAGUUCCAUUCUGCAGCCUUUAAGUGACCUUCCAAAGACUGAAAAAGUUAAACGAAAGAAGAAGAAAAACAAUGUUGUCCCUAUUGACACACCAGAUGACAAGGAAUUAUCUGCCACCACCAGUACCUCAUUGACAUUCAUAACCUCUCCACCGAUUACAAACUUGGCCACAGAUUCUGUUGAAGAAAAUACUUUUUCUCAGAAGUGGAAUUUGGUUGAAGAAUUACCAACUGUUGAAAACUUACAGCUAAUUGAUGAGAAGAUGGAUGCUAAUGUUAGUUGAUACCUGAAGUAUUUUAGGAAAGCAACUGUUUGUCUUAGCAUGAAUGAAUUAGUUAUUUAUUUUACUUAUGGCUCACCACUAUUUUUAAUGAGAUUGCAACGAGUUUUGAAUACUUUUUACUAUGAGAUUAAGAUCUAUUUUUUUUACUUAUCAGACCCUCCAAUUCUUUAAAAUCCCUCCAUAUAACUCUUCGAAGCAAAAAAGGGCACAAACAAACUUUUUAUAACAGUAUUUUUCAUCAAAAUUUAUAUUGAAUGUAAAACUUGUAGAUGCAGAAACUUUUGAAGAUAGUUUAAAAAGCUUAACAAAAUCUAACAGCUUUUAUUUACUGUUUCUGCUGUUUAUUGGACAAGGGUCUUCAAUAUGAUUCACAAAUCAUUUGGAAACAUAUUUAUGUUAUAAAAUAAAAAUAAUUUAUUCAUCUCCAA